UUGAUCCUCCGAUCCUUUUCUUUGUGAACUCUGUGGUUACGAGCAAACUUCACGUAGAAAGGAUCUGAUGAAUAAUGACGUAAAAGGACGCCGACGGGUUCUCAACAUCGAAACUUCUCGACACUCGUGCUCAUAACUGCACCAAAUCGAACAAUAGAAUAAUACAAUGAAGUCCGCCAUCCUUGCCUCCCUCAUCGCCACCGCCGCCGCUUUCGCCCCUGCGCAGCAAAAGGCCUCCACCACAUCUUUGAGUGCUUUUGAAGAUGCCCUUGGAGCUCAGCCUCCUCUUGGUCUUUACGAUCCUUUCGGAUUGAUCGCCAACGGAGACCAAGAUAGAUUCGACCGUCUUCGAUACGUCGAACUCAAGCACGGACGUAUCAGUCAAUUGGCUUUCCUCGGAAACAUCAUCACCCGUGCCGGAGUUCACCUUCCUGGAGACAUUGACCAGUCCGGUGACGCCUUCGCUUCGUACCCCAACGGAUGGGCCGCCGUUGGUGCCGACGGUAUCUCCCGAGCCGGAGUUUACCAAAUCAUCGCCUUCAUUGGAUUCCUUGAAUUGUUUGUCAUGAAGGAUGUCACUGGAGAGGGUGAAUUCCCUGGUGAUUUCCGCAAUGGAUUCAUUGAUUUUGGAUGGGACAAGUUCGACGAAGCGACCAAGCUCAAGAAGCGAGGAAUCGAACUUAACAACGGACGUGCCGCCAUGUUGGGAAUCUUCGGGCUUAUGGUUCACGAACAACUCGGCGGAGAGCUCCCUAUUGUCGGACAAAUGUAAGAAGUUCAACUUGGAACUCACACAAUUUGCCUCCCUCUGAUUUGGUAUGGAAGACGAAAGGAUUUUUUUACGUAGACUCCUUUAGUGCACUUCUUUGAUAGCUAUUAAGAAAAGUAAUCUAAAGUAUUGAAAGACUACAUAUUCUUGCCUUGGACCAACAUAAAUAAAAUGUGAAGUAUUUA